CCAAUUGGCGAGGGGCUGAGGGGGCCGGAGGACUCCCUUUUCUCUCGGAUGCCAGGAUGACUCUCGUCCUGCUUUUCUGCACUCUUGCUUUCAUUCUGCAGGUGACCAAUGGAGAGAAGUACAGGGUGUGGGGUGAGGAAGGCACACGGGUGACCCUUCCUUGCUACCUGAGUCCCCAGACGGUGAAAGACAACUUGAGGCACCUGUACAAAGGAUUAGAGGUUUACUGGGUGCGGCAUGGAGGCAGUUCUUCCAUGAAACGUCAUUUGGUGCUCGAGGUGAAGCCCAGUGGGCUUAAGAGUCUGUCCCAUUCCAUGAUGCGCCGAGUAACUGUCUGGGACACUGGCUUUCUUAAGGGGAAUUUUUCACUCCAGAUUAAGCCUUUGCUGAUGGAAGAUGCAGGAACCUAUGAGGCACGAGUGAGACGUGGGAAAGAGGACUGGCACUGCCUGGUGGAGCUUGGUGUGGUGUCAGUCACUGCUCACCCUUCUCGUCCUCUAAUUGAGUCUGAAUCGGUCAGGCUAAACUGCAACUCCAGCCACCCAGGAAAUCCUACCAACAUCCUCUGGUUCCACAGAAAUGUCCUCGUUCGCACCUCCUACAGGCUUCAUCCUAUGGGUCAAACCCUGCUUAUCACUGAAUCAGUCAGUAGUGACACCGGGCACUGGGUUUGCCAACUCACCUUUGCAGAUGGAGAGAUAAUUGCAGUCAGACACAACUUGCAAGUUAUAGGAUUUACUGAGCAAGCCCACUCUGUCAUCUAUAUAGCAGCUGGAUCUGAUGCUCAUUUGCCCUGUGUCCUGAAUUCCAAUCCCAGGAAAUAUGGAAUUUCAGGGGUGGCCAUCCAAUGGGGAUACAUGGCAGGGAGAGAACUGAAGGCCAAGCCCACUUCCAGUUAUGAAAACCGUCAAGAUUUCACUCUUCAUCUCCCAUCUGUUGGAUUAAAUGAUGCAGGCCAGUAUCUCUGCAAGAUCACCAUCCAAGGGGUUACUAUAAUUCAGAAUGUCACUCUGGCAGUGAUGGCAGUUAUUACCAGCACUGUUGGGCCAAGAAUUCCUGAAGGUUCUCACUUGGUCCUCAUCUGUAACCUCAGCUACUGCACAGGAAAAGAGCAUUUUCAAUGGAAGUGGCUGGACUUGGAAUCCAGCAACAGCUCUCAGUCUGAUUCCAGUAGGCCCGUGAAAUGGGGCCCAAUCCAGGAAUUCCACCAGGUGUCAUCAAGGGAUGCAGGCAUCUGGGAAUGCAGCGCCCACGGUCCAGAGGGGAAGCUGGGAUCGGUGCAGUAUCACCUGGAAAUUGCAGCCAGUGCCCAGCUUGCCAGCUUGCCCUCUGCACCAACUGAGACAAUAUUUGGCCUGUUACUAUUUUUUCUUGUUGCCUUCCUCUCCAUUAUAACUUUGGUCUACCUGAGACGAAGGAUGUAUUCCCUGAACUUCCAAGCACUGGAUAAGAUUGUGGAUGCUUUACCUGGGAAAGGAGAAAAGAAUGGAAGCCAGAAGAAGACUUUACAAUCGGAAUGCUAAAGGAAAGGAAAACGAGGAAGAAGAUUGCUUAUAUGAGAACUGCCAAGACUGGACAACUAGACCUAUGAAUAGAUUUAUGUUGGUUUGGGUCAAGGGUCAGUAAGUUUAUGGUGUUUUAAACUGUGAGAUAGAUCUUCCUUGAAAACAGUGAAAGCUGAAUGGACAGUAAUCCAUUGAGGGAGAGGAUGUGCAGCCAAUUUCUUCAAAGAAAUCACAUUUAAAAUCUGCUGGAUUUCUUAGAGAUGAUUUCUCUCCCUUUUAACUGCUUGGUAGUUUCUUAUAUGUUUUCCCCCCCUUUUGUGCAAGUUUAGGAAGUCUGGUUCAUUUCUGCCCCUUUCUUAAGGUUAUUGUUGCAUGUCCUGAUCCACGGAUUUUUAUACAAAAUAAUACAGGUAUUCCUCAACAUAUGACCACAAUUAGGACUGGGAUUGCCAUUUUAAGUUGGUAUGUCAUAAAGUGAGACAUCAAGUGACCAUGCCACCUGACAGCAGCAAUCCCAUCAUUCUUUGUUGUGGUUGUUAAUCAGGAAUUGCAGGUAGCCAUUUCAGUCCAAACCAUUCCAAACGUUCUCCCUCCCAGCCCAGAAACUCAGUAAGAAAAGGGAUUGUUUCCAACUCUCCACACCCACCUCUGUCUUUCCCGUCUGAGAAUUUUGGCCCCCUGCCCACCUGCCUUGUAAAGUGGCAAGCAGUCCCAGAGCUACAUGCCUGUGAGAGACUGCUUGCCAUGACUCAGGCAGCUUCAGCUGCCCCAGCAAGUGCCAGCAAGUGCUCAUUUGCCCAGCUAGCUUUUCUUUCCAGCUUCAUUUCAUUUCUUUGCAGAACCCAGUUGUUAUUAACAACUUUUGUAAAAAGUUUGUAACCCACAGUUCUAUAAACAGAAAUAAUUAUCUCUGAAAGCUCAAAUCUUUCAAUAAAGUAAUUUUGCUUAGACUUUAGAGACUGGUCUUUUAAAACGAUUAAUUUAAAACUAAGUAAUUAAACUGCAAAUAAUAAUUCAUAGAAUCUUAGGGCUGGCUGGAAGGAACCUUGUGGGUGUUCUAGGUCCAACCAUCUGUUCAAGGCAGGGGUUCUUAUAUCAACUGAGACAAACGGUUGUCCAAUCUGUUCUUGAAAACCUCUAGCGAUGGAGUCCCCGCAACUCUGUGAGGCAAGCUGCUCCUUUGAUUAAUUGUUCUCACUGUCAGGUAAUCCCUCGUUUCCGGGUUGAAUCUCCCUCUGAAGAUCUUCCACCCAUU